UCCGCUGCAGCUGGCACACGCAAAUGUCCUCCAACGAUUCUCUCCCUCUCUGUGCCAACCUCUUAGCCCCGCUGUGAUCCUUCACAGACCUUCAACCUGCCCCAGGAGUCUCAAUAACAACAUGCCCACCUCGGCCCUCCUUCCCUCCCACCUCGCUACGACAGACACUGCCGCUGGCCUAUCGCACCGUGGCCGACCCCUGUGCCCUGCCCACCCCAGCGGUCCCUCUCCAGCCCCGCCAGAGCCAAUCCGCGGCGGGGUGUAAAGUAGGGCAAGCCGCUUCCUGGUUCAAGGAGGAGCUGCCUGGAGUUGGAAUGGGCCAGCGGAGUCAGAGAGGGGGGAGAACAGCCCAGCGAGCCGGCGGUCUGCAAAGAGAGAGCCGAGGCAGGGGGAUAUAAACGCUGACAGAGAGACAAGAAGAGGCGGAUAUUACAGAGAACUCCCGGAUGAUACGUGGUUCGUCAGAGGGACUGGUGUGAGAUUUUGGACAGUGCCGAGAGAGCGGUGACCCCCGGGGGGAGAGAGACGGGUGGGAGUGAAUACAGGAAGUACAGAAGCCGGUCAGGUGGGACGCGACGAGAUAACUUAGGUGACACCGGCGCACAGGCUUUGUAUCCCUGGAAACCUUUUGGCUCCGCUGGAGAAGAACAGAAACAGGAAGAAGUGGAAAAUAGAGAGGGAGGAAGAGAGCAGGGACCCGUCCUCCUCUGAGUUUAUGGACUGGAGGUGGCGAUGUCUCCAGGAGAGGACGGUCUGAUCGGCAUCCCCUUCCCAGAGCACAGCAGCGAGAUCCUAUUCCGCCUCAACGCCCAGCGCAGGGCGGGGCUGCUCUGUGACCUCACCCUGACCUCGCGGGGUGCCCGCUACCCUACCCACCGCUCUGUCAUGGCUGCCGUCAGCCUCUACUUCCGCGGGCUGUUUGGGGCGGAGGAGGGGGCCGAGGCGGGGGGAGGAGGAGGAGGGUUCAGUGUGUGCCAGCUGGACUGUGUUGCGCCCGAUGCCCUGGAUGCCCUGCUGGAGUUUGCCUACACGGCCACCCUGACCAUCCGCAGCUCUGGCAUGAGAGACGUGUUGAGAGGAGCUCAGUUACUGGGGAUCCAGUGUGUGGUUGAUGCCUGUAGAGACAUACUGGGGGAGACGGCGGGUGCGGUAGAGUGGGAGACGGGGGAAGAGAGGGUACAGGCGGAGAAGGAGAGGAGGGUGGAGAGUGGGAUGAAGAAAGGCUCCCGGAGGAAGAUAGACAGACGGAGAGUCACCAAGGUGGAGUCAUCGCACCACCUGCCACUGCCUCAUCGCCCCAACAUUAACACACACCAGCACCCCUCCACUCCUCCUCCACACCCCUCACCUGUUCAAGACGGGGCCCACUCUCAUCCCUCCACCCGACCCCACAGCCCUGAGCAGGAUGAACACCCCCCCACCACGGGACAGAACGGGGAGCGGAAGCAGGGCAGGGAUGCAGGGAGAGGGAGUACAGCAGUCAACGGAGGGGUGCACUGGCCUCAGGAGCGCCUCCUCGCCCCCCACCCCCCUCUUCCCCUCUCAGACGACAGGCUGUCAGAAGAUGAGGAGGAGAUGGAGGGAGUGGGGAACGGUGGGGUGCCCAGCUUUACUUCAGCCCCCCUGGCAGAGCAAGAGUUGGCCACAGGGGCAGGAGGUGGGGGUAGGAAGAGGAAGUCUCAGACCCCCCAGCAGUGUCCUGUCUGUCAGAAGAUCAUCCACGGAGCAGGGAAGCUGCCCAGACACAUGAGAACACACACCGGGGAGAAACCAUUCGAGUGCUCUACCUGCGGGGUCCGCUUUACCAGGAAUGACAAGUUGAAGAUCCACAUGCGUAAACACACGGGGGAGCGUCCGUACCCUUGCCCCCACUGCCCUGCCCGCUUCCUGCAUUCCUACGACCUGAAGAACCACCUGUCUCUCCAUAGUGGGGCACGCCCCUUCGAGUGCCCGCUCUGCCACAAGGCCUUCGCCCGUGAGGACCACCUCCAGCGCCACCGCAAGGGCCUCAGCUGCCUGGAGGUCCGUACCCGGGCACGGCCGAGGCGCGGGCCUGGGGCUGACCACGGGGAAGAGGGCAGAAGGGUUAGAGGAGGAGGAAGAGGGUAUUCUCCAGACCGACUCGACCCGCUGGAGAAUCUGGCCCUGCAGCCCCACGCCUCAGCAUUCCACCCCCGUGCUGGGAUGGUUGGCCUGAGGGAUGGGGCUGAGGCUGGGGCUGGAGGUCAAAUGGUGUUCCAGGAGGAGGCUGACGGGGAGCAAGCUAUAGCCCUCCUAGGGCCUCACAGGUUACCCUACCCUGGUCUGCUGUGGAGAGGCCUGGAGCUGGGGGUGAGAGGGGUGGAGGGGGAGGAGGCAGGCGGGGGCCACUCUCCUGCACUUCAGCAUGCAAGAUGGGAGGAGGAGGCAGAGGAGGAGGCAGAGGAGGAUGAGGAAGACGAGUGAGAAGAGAGGAAGAGAAGAGCGUGCAUGGAUGUGUAUGCGUGUGCAUGUGUUUGUGUGCACGUAUGUGCAUUUGUAUAUGCAUAAGUGUGUGUGUGUGUGUGUGUGUGUGUGUGUGUGUGUGUGUGUGUGUGUGUGUGUGUGUGUGUGUGUGUGUGUGUGUGUGUGUGUGUGUGUGUGUGUGUGUGUGUGUGUGUGUGUGUCACCUACAGUAUGGAUGGGGAUCUCACUCAGGUGACUGGACCUGCUCCUUCUUACAAAGCGCUUAGAGAAAGACUAAACAAUAGAGAAAGACUAAACAAUAGAGAAAGACUAAACAAUAGAGAAAGACUAAACAAUAGAGAAAGACUAAACAAUAGAGAAAGACUAAACGAUACAAAAAGAAUAAUGGAAAACGGGUUUUCUGAUUUGUUAUUGUUGUUUCAUGGCUCUCUGUUUUUAUUUCAGUUGUCUUUUAUUUCUAUUUUCCAUUAUUUCUAUUUUAUUUCAUGCUGUGGUUAUUCUUAUUAGCUGUACAUAAAAGAGGCUUUAUUGAGGGAAUGUUUUGCACAUAGAUGUGCUGAUGGGGAUAUGGGGUUCUUUUCUCUCACUAUGCAAACUGAAGUCAGGAGCUGAGAAAAAUUGUGUCCAGAUGUAAAAAAAAAAAAAAAGAAGAGAAAAGAAAAGAAAUCAUGUAUUUUUGAGCAGAGUGCUGUUAGAGUAAUAUAACAAUCAAAUGUUAUUGAAGUUCAAACAAUGUAUGUACAACAUCCAUCUGGCACUACUAAACCCUAUCACUCUUCAUGUCACUAUACUAGCACUCUCAGCGGGGUAGUAAGAAACCAGAAUCAUCCGGUUUUCAGUGGAAAAGCAGAGAAGACGCAAAGCCUGAAAACCGGUAGCUUCCGGUUCCUUCCGACCCGCUCAGGUGUUUGUUUUACGCCUGCUAAGUUAGGUAAGUAUAGUAGUAGGUGUGGAAUCUGCUGUUUGACUUUGGGUGUACCCUACUACCCUCUAGUGGUUAAUGGUGGAGCUAGUCGCCAAGGGCAACAAGUCACCAGGUUUCCUAUUGAAGAUAGACAUUAUCUAACAGUAACAGUCAUAUUUUAAUAAGGCUUAUUAUUUUGCUGUCUGUUGUAAGUAGAUUUUCAUGCCCUUUUAUGAGGCACCGAUGAUACCAAAGAUUUCAGUUUAUUUCUUCCUAAUCAAUCAGUUUGAUCAAGCACAGGAGCACCAGAGCUAUAGAUUGAGAUCCCAAUGGGCACGCACUGGUUGAAUCAUUGUUGGUUCCACUCCAUUUCAAUGAAAUUACAUUAAACCAACGUGGAAUAGACAUUGAAUUGAUUUCUGUUCCCAGUGGGAUGGCUCUAAGGGUAUCCUGGGAUUUUAGAGCCAAGGUUUGGUUAAAAGACCUGUCUUCAUUUGCCCGGUUCUCUGCUGCAGACUGCUAGAAGGGUUGGACACUGCUUCCAUAGGUUAGAUUCUCUGUGGAGCUUUAGUGCUCUGUGAAAAAUGACUGACCAAAACUAGACUACAUCUGCAGGGUCAUUGGAUGAUUGUUAAUGAGAGGUGUGUUUGUUGCUUUAGCGUUUACUUUUUGACAUCGACAGGGGACAAUUCCUUUCCAAAGUUUCCUUCUUUAGAAUGUCUUCUGAUCAUGCACUCCUUGUUUUUUUUAUUGCAAAAAGAGCGAGAGAAAAGGAGAGACCAAAAGGGAAGGAGGGAGUGAGGAUGAGACCUUGAUCUCUUGAUUGCUCUGUAUUUAUUUAUUUAUUGUUAUUUAUUGUGGCUUUCCAGUUGAAACUGUGUGUGUGGCCUGACACAGGGUAUCCACAGUGACCUGACCCAGGGUAUCCACAGUGACCUGACCCAGGGUAUCCACAGUGACCUGUCCCUGGGUUUGACACAGUGACCCGCAACACCACUUGGCUCGGCCCCCUUCUGUGGCACAGUUGAAGUGCUCUGUACCUGCUUCCUUUAGAGUCUUAAGAGAAACUGCAUUGUGCUUAACGUGACGGCUAACAAAGACCCAGUGCCAUGUUGGGUGAAAGGUCCUCUGUUGGCUAUUCUCCCUCCUUUUGCAUUUGUUUUGCACAACACAUCACACCCUGAAAAGGUACAGCAAUAAUACUGGCACAUUCCAUCCUCCGGGGGAGAAAGAAGGGAUCAGAAAAGAGACCGAGCCUUUCUCUCUCUCUUUAGAGCACAAGACAACUGUCGCACCACCCGUAGCCAUUUCACACUUUCAGUUAGAGAGAUAAGCAUCAACUGCACUUAGGGAGAGAACUGUGUUGUUGAUUCAACAUGUACUGUAUGUUAUUGUGUUAUCUGUCAAAGCUGUGUGUAUAAGUCACAGAUAGGCCCUUUGUCUCUAGGAGACCAGCGACCAUCUUGGGUGACCCAUUGCAGGUGUAAGGCUACUUUGCUUACAGAUAAUCAACUAUUUCUUCAGUCUGUCACUCUUUAGGUGAUAGUGAGUUAUGUUCUUUAUUUACAACUAUUUACGAGGCCUGUAACUCUAGCCUGAAGCUUAUGUAGCUCUAGCAGACUGGACCUGUGUGUGCUAUCCAUUCCCCACUAUGUAGAAGAACUUUCCUUGUUUCUGAUUUAUUUGCACUAAAAUAUCGAGAGCUUUUAAUUUUUUUUUGUUUCACCUCCUUAUCCAUUCCAUGCCAUCACUCAGUAUCGUUUGUGAUUGUAAGAGAAGAUAUCUGUAUAUUGUUCCUUCAAUUCUUGAUAAUAACAUUGGUCUAUAUUCUUUCUACUGCGUAGUGUAAUAAUCAUGAUAAGAGAUUGCUAUGUAAAGGGGUGAAGCUGCCUUGGACUUUUGGUUUUGUGCUGCAACUAUUCUCAGGAAAUCUUGAGCAAUGCACUAAGUAAUUAUGCAAAAUUGUGGGGGAGAUAUGCUGUGUAUAUAUGUAGCUUAUGUAUGUUCAUACAUGUCUGAAGAGGUAGUGACACCUUUCACUCAAUAGUACGGUUCCAAUAUAACACCUUGUACCAUGAGGAAGCAGGAUAAAAGACAAUCGAGGAAUAGUAGAUAUUCAUUUGUAUGGUAAAACAUGUACAAUGUAGUGUAUAUCAAUUGACACCAGCCAGUCACAUACAUUGUGCUGAAAGGUUUUUUGUGCUGAGGGGUGUUGCUACCAGCAUUUAGAGAGCUUGGUGAGUGAAUGAGAGGGAAACAUUAUGCCAGCUGUGAAGCGUGGUGUUUCUAUGGAACUUUAUGUCGUUUUAUUUGGCUUUGGUGAAGGGAUCUGGGGUCUGUUUUGAAUAGAGACACCACUAUCAGGGAUACAUUUUUGUCUUUCCGUUUUUGGUGGACCUUCUGUCAGAUAUAUAUUAAUUAAUUUUCCCAUCAUUUGAUUCAGAUAAUGUAAAAAAAAAACAGAUAAAUAAACAAAGAUCUAUCCCUGUC